UUUCCCAUUCCAUUUCCUCAUCUGUAGUCUUCUGCCUUCACCCUCCUGUAUGGUGGAUAUUCUACCCCAUCCUUCUUUCUUGGGUGAUAUGGGGGAUCAUUCAAAAAAGAAGUCUGGAAUCGCCAUGUGUGUCGGCUGUGGAAGUCAGAUCCAUGAUCAGUACAUACUGCGAGUGUCCCCGGACCUGGAGUGGCACGCAGCCUGUCUGAAGUGCGCAGAAUGCAGUCAGUACCUGGAUGAGACGUGCACUUGCUUCGUCCGAGAUGGCAAGACCUACUGCAAGAGAGAUUACGUACGACUAUUCGGGAUCAAAUGCGCCAAAUGUAACAUCGGUUUCUGCAGCAGUGACCUGGUGAUGAGGGCGCGGGACAACGUCUACCACAUGGAGUGUUUCAGGUGCUCGGUGUGCAGCAGACAUCUGCUCCCGGGAGACGAGUUCUCUCUGCGGGACGAGGAGCUGCUCUGCCGGGCGGAUCACGGGCUGUUGAUGGAGCGCGCCUUGGCCGGGAGCCCCUGCAGUCCCGGGAACAUUCACUCCAACAGGCCCCUGCACAUCCAAGAACCAGUGCCAGUUCGACAACCACCUCACCGGAACCACGUGCAUAAGCAGUCUGAGAAGACCACGCGUGUUCGGACAGUGUUAAAUGAAAAGCAGCUUCACACUCUUCGGACGUGUUAUAACGCGAACCCGCGUCCGGACGCGCUCAUGAAAGAACAGCUCGUGGAAAUGACGGGUCUGAGCCCGCGCGUCAUACGAGUGUGGUUCCAAAACAAACGCUGCAAAGACAAGAAGAGGUCCAUACUCAUGAAACAACUACAGCAACAGCAGCACAGCGAUAAAACGAAUCUUCAAGGGCUCACGGGAACGCCUCUGGUGGCAGGCAGCCCGAUUAGACAUGACACCACAGUCCAGGGAAAUCCUGUAGAAGUUCAAACAUAUCAGCCUCCCUGGAAAGCCUUGAGUGAGUUUGCCUUACAGAGUGACCUGGACCAGCCCGCUUUCCAACAGCUGGUGUCUUUUUCCGAGUCGGGAUCGUUGGGUAACUCGUCGGGUAGUGAUGUGACCUCUCUGUCAUCGCAGUUACCUGACACCCCCAACAGCAUGGUGCCCAGUCCCGUGGAGACGUGAGAGCCCACCGGAGACUCCUGCCCCAGCAUGCCCUCACCCGCCCUGCAUGAAAACCCAUCACCUCACCGCCUCAGACGGGAAAAAGGGAUUAACAGAGAUGGAUUUAAACAGUUUACCAAACGGUGGAGCCUGUCCAAGCGACUUUGGGGUUUCCAAACGCGUUACAAAACUGUUUCAAAGCAUUUGGACCGUAUAACGAGGACGUCCAACGGAAUAUGAACACAUUAUUUUGGGUUUUGAUUAUGGACCAUGUCAACCUUGCGAAAACAACAGUCUUAAGAGUGUUUAUUCAAGACCAUCCAUGUAUAGGUUUAUCAACAAGUGGUAUUUUCCUUAUAAGAUUAGACAAGAAGCCACUUUUUUGUCUUAAUGCGCAUGAUCUCUCCGAAGAUGUAUAAAAACUGAGUUGUAAAAUAUUUUAUCUUAACGAAUGGAGGACAGAUUGUAUAAACUUCUCGAUUUAAACAAAAACAAACAAACAAACAAACAAAAAAAAAGUAAAGUAAGUUAUUGUUAUUUAUUGUCAGGACAGCCGUCCAUACCAAAAAGUAAGAAAUUACAUAAAUAAACGACGUUAAAUGCUGUUUAUGUCUGAGCAAUUCUGCAUGCAAGAUAAUCAUGUUACCU